UGUUACACUGUCACUCUCAGGCUCCGUCAGACGCUCUCAUGCCACCCUGCAAAUCUCACACUACAUGAGAGGAACCAUACGGCUGCUGCUGAGUGGAAAACAGAGCUGCAGAGGAUAGACGAGCCAAAAUCACACUCAAACACUUCUGUUCAGCCUCUUUUACUUCGUCACACUCUGCUGCCUGUGGACUGAUCUCUAUGUGUCUCUAUGUGUCUCUAUGUAGGAUGAGGGUCAAAGGUUGUGACCUUUAUGCUCCCGAGUGCCAACAGUGGGCAACACAGAGUCCAACACAGAGUCCAACACAGAGUCCACAACACAGAGUCCAACACAGAGUCCACAACACAGAGUCCACAACACAGAGUCCAACACAGAGUCCACAACACAGAGUCCAACACAGAGUCCAACACAGAGUCCACAACACAGAGUCCAACACAGAGUCCAACACAGAGUCCACAACACAGAGUCCACAACACAGAGUCCAACACAGAGUCCACAACACAGAGUCCACAACACAGAGUCCAACACAGAGUCCAACACAAAGUCAAAGCUAACAUUACUGCUAAGCUAGUGGAACAUAUUGUCUGAUGGAUGUAGCAGUACAAAGCUAACGAUAGCUUUCUACUGUAGCUAAGCUAACUGGGGUUGUCCGGCUGGCUGUGUCUUGGCUGUGCGGUGUGGGUCUGGUGUUGCAUUGUGGGUCUGGCGUUGGUUGCUUCGUGGUGUUGGCUGAUGGGUGAUUUUUUAAACAGCUAGUUAGUAACAUGGAGCUAAUGGUCCAAAUAAAAUAUAGGAACAUUGCAGAUAGUAACGUUAUUCUAAAUAUGAGGUUUAAGACUCGAGGGCGGA